GCACACUUGAGCAAAAAAACAUCUUAUCCAAAACACAAGAAACUUAAGAGUGAAACAUUUGCCAACUCAAGUCACUCAUGGAGUACUUGGCUACUACAAUCCUCUUCUUUACCCUUCUCAUCACAAACACACAAGGUCUUAACCCAUCAUUAUGCUCUUCUUCUAAACCCGAUACGUCCGAUCUAUCCGUUUUUCACAUAUACGGUGGUUGCUCGCCUUUUAAGGGCCGAAAGCCCGAACCAUGGCCCAACACUGUCCUUGACAUGGCGGCAAAAGACCCAACAAGGGUUGCAUAUUUGGAUAGUCUAGCGGCCCAAAAGACUUCCGCCCCAAUAGCUUCGGGCCAACAAGUCCUUAAUAUAGGCAACUACUUGGUCCGGACCAAGAUUGGCACGCCGGGCCAACUUAUGUUCAUGGUCUUGGACACGAGUUUGGAUACCGCAUGGGUCCCAUGCUCGGGUUGCCAAGGGUGCUCAUCUAACAUAUUCGCCCCCAAUUCUUCAUCCACUUUCGGGUCAAUGGAUUGCGGUUCGGCUCUAUGUAGCCAAACCCAUGGGCUUAUCUCAUGCCCUACAACCGGGUCUGGGCCCGGGCCCGGGUCUUGUCUAUUUAACCAAUCCUAUGGUGGAGAUUCAUCACUUUUGGCUACCCUAUCACAUGACUCCUUGUCAUUUGACAAAGAUGUCAUCCCUAACUAUGCAUUUGGAUGCAUCAAUUCUGUCUCGGGUAACUCAAUCCCACCACAAGGCUUAUUGGGCCUGGGCCGGGGGCCCUUAUCACUAGUCUCCCAAUCAAAAUCCCUUUACGAUGGAGUGUUCUCCUAUUGCCUCCCAAGCUUCAAGUCCUACUAUUUCUCCGGGUCACUCAAACUCGGCCCAACGGGCCAACCCCAAUCAAUCAAAACCACCCCGCUCCUCCAAAACCCGUACCGACCCUCACUCUACUACGUGAACCUAGUCGCAGUGAGUGUGGGCCGGGUCCAAGUACCCAUCCCACAACAAUACCUCAAAUUCGACCCGUCCACCGGCGUCGGUACAAUCAUCGAUUCGGGCACGCUCCUCACCCGGUUCGUCGGGCCCGCUUACUAUGCGAUCCGAGACGAGUACAAGAAGCAAGUCCAAGGCCCGUUUAGCUCGCUCGGGUCGUUCGACACUUGUUUCCCCGUGACGCAUGAACAAGUGUCCCCAAUAGUGACCCUACAUUUUGAAGGGAUGGACUUAAAAUUACCAAUGGAGAACACUUUGAUCCAUAGUAGUUAUGGCAACCAAGCUUGCUUAGCAAUGGCGGCAAAUAGCCCGAAUUCUGUGAUAAAUAUAAUAGCAAGUUGGCAACAACAAAACCUUAGGAUUCUCUAUGAUACCGCCAAUUCUCGCCUAGGAAUUGCUCGUGAGCUAUGUAACUAAUUAAAUUAAAUUUAUGUUGUUACAUUUUGGUAGUGUACCACAUUAAAAGUACCAAAUGUGGAUGGAUGGAUGGCAUUAGGAAUUCAAUUUGCAUUUUUUGCUUCAUUUUGUUGUGAUUAUGUGAAAACAAAUUAAAGUCAAUGGUUGUUUACUAAAAAUGUUGAGGAGUUA